CAAAAAAAAAAAAAAAAGUAAAAAAAAAAAACCGGAAAAGAAGAUAACACCAAAAUCAGAAGGUCGACAAGUCUUAGCACUCCAAUCAACAAAGUAAUCCAUGGCUGCCUCAUCCUCUCUCUGCAACUUGUUCUCCUUCCUCAAUCCCUCAAAGCUACCAUCACAACCAAAAACCCCACCAACCCAGCUCGCUAUUUUACAGACCCAGAAGACCAGAGAUGGGGUGGCCCCACUGAUGGCUCAAGGGGGUCCCUCUGCUUAUGGCCCUUCUUCUUCUUCUUCUUCUUCUGUAGAGUCUGUGAUAUGCCCCUCUCUGGCUUAUGCCAACACCCUCUUCUUUAAGUCGGCCUACAAUGUGCAAGUUAUUGUGGACGACAACGAACCCGAGGAGAGGCUGCUCAACAGGUUCAGGAGAGAGGUCAUGAGGGCCGGUGUUAUUCAAGAAACUAAGAGGAGGAGGUACUUUGAGAACAAGCAGGACGAGAAGAAGCGCAGGACGCGUGACGCUGCUAAGCGCAACAAAAGAAGCCGGCGUCCCUUUUCAAGACCUUUUCAGCAGAAGCCAGAAGUCCCUGAAACCAAGAAGAGCGAUGAUGACGGCGAUAACUGGGAUCUACCUCAAGGAGACAUACCCUAUUGACCACAUUCUGUGCAUCCUUUGAUUUGUAGGAAUAUCUACCCUUGAUGUAGAGAGGCUUUGGUCCAUGUAAGUUGCAUGAGAGUUGUAUUCAGUUCUUCCAUUGACUUCAAGCAAAAUCUGUUUUGUAUCGUAAUUUUUAUAAUGUUAUGAUUCUUCAUUCGUGCUUCUGUAUGCGGAUAAUUUGUGUUAAUUGCGAU